CAUGGUUCAAGCCAAAAAGGAGAAAGAAAGUAUAGUACUCAACGUUAUUGAAAAGUCAAGAGACAUGAAACGCAUGAAAUUCUGAAGACUAGACUCUGCAUCAUAGCAUAUGAAACUUCUUAGAAACACAUGACAUAGACACCACUAACAUACUAGAAUAUUUACACCUGCGGUCUAAUUCUUCUUUAAUACUUGACAAAGAGUUUAAUCAUUUUGAUCUAAUUCCGGUGUAGUUAUUCUAUGUGGCGCCCAAGAAGCUCUUGUGUUGAAGUAAAGAAACAGUGUAUUCUUCUCUGUUGCAAGAAAUUGGAUUGAGUCCGAGGUACAACACAUGAAAAUCAUAAUGGAUGAGCAGAAUAUGAUAAGGGCUGUUGCUUCUUCCUCUAACUCUUCUUCUAUGGUAUCUUCUAAAAAAUAUGAUGUUUUUCUAAGCUUUCGAGGCGAGGACACUCGUAAGAACUUCACAAGCCAUCUUUAUGAAGCUUUGAAGCAAAAGAAGAUUGAAACCUAUAUAGACUACCGCCUUGAAAAGGGAGAUGAAAUCUCGGCAGCGCUCAUCAAAGCCAUCGAAGAUUCUCAUGUAUCUGUUGUCAUCUUCUCAGAGAACUAUGCUUCCUCAAAGUGGUGCUUGGGUGAACUGGGCAAGAUUAUGGAAUGCAAGAAAGAAAGAGGACAGAUUGUGAUACCAGUAUUCUAUAAUAUUGAUCCAUCCCAUGUGAGGAAGCAAACUGGGAGCUACGAGCAAUCCUUUGCGAAACAUACGGGAGAACCCAGGUGCAGCAAAUGGAAAGCUGCUCUCACUGAAGCAGCCAAUUUAGCUGCAUGGGACUCUCAAAUUUACAGGACUGAAUCUGAAUUCCUUAAGGAUAUUGUUAAAGAUGUUUUGCGAAAAUUGGCUCCUAGAUACCCAAACCACCGGAAAGAACUGGUAGGAGUUGAGGAAAACUAUGAAAAGAUCGAGUCAUUACUAAAAAUUGGGUCAAGCAAAGUUAGAAUUCUGGGAAUAUGGGGCAUGGGUGGAAUAGGUAAGACCACCCUCGCUAGUGCUUUAUAUGACAAAUUGUCUCCUGAAUUUGAAGGUUGUUGCUUCCUCGCAAAUGUAAGGGAAGAAUCAGACAAGCAUGGAUUUAAAGCUUUACGUAAUAAACUUUUUUCUGAGUUGUUAGAGAAUGAAAAUCUUUGUUUUGAUGCAUCAUCCUUUUUAGUGUCCCAUUUUGUUUUGAGUAGGCUUGGACGCAAAAAAGUUUUCAUAGUCUUGGAUGAUGUGGAUACCUCAGAGCAACUAGAAAAUCUAAUUGAAGAUUUUGAUUUCUUGGGACUUGGAAGUAGAGUCAUUGUUACAACAAGAAAUAAGCAAAUAUUUAGCCAAGUUGAUAAAAUAUAUAAGGUCAAGGAAUUGAGCAUUCAUCACUCUCUUAAGCUUUUCUGCUUAUCUGUAUUUCGAGAAAAACAACCUAAACAUGGAUAUGAAGAUCUAUCAAGAAGUGCAAUUUCCUAUUGCAAAGGUAUUCCUUUGGCUUUAAAAGUUCUUGGUGCAAGUCUUCGUUCAAGAAGUAAACAAGCAUGGGAGUGUGAAUUGAGAAAACUCCAAAAGUUUCCAAAUAUGGAAAUUCAUAAUGUAUUAAAAUUAAGUUAUGAUGGCUUAGAUUAUUCUCAAAAGGAGAUAUUUCUAGACAUUGCAUGCUUCUUAAGAGGAAAACAAAGAGACCAUGUAACAAGCAUAUUGGAAGCUUUUGAUUUUCCUGCAGCAUCAGGGAUAGAAGUUCUUUUGGAUAAAGCUCUCAUAACAAUUUCAGGUGGCAUUCAAAUAGAAAUGCAUGACUUGAUACAGGAAAUGGGUUGGAAAAUUGUUCAUCAGGAACAUAUCAAAGAUCCUGGAAGACGAAGUCGGUUAUGGAAACAUGAGGAAGUGCAUGAUGUCUUGAAAUAUAAUAAGGGAACUGAAGUUGUUGAAGGCGUAAUUUUAGAUUUGUCUAAAUUAACCGAGGAUCUAUACUUGAGCUUUGAUUUCCUUGCAAAGAUGACUAACGUGAGGUUUCUUAAAAUCCAUAGUUGGUCCAAGUUUACCAUAUUUAAUGUAUACCUUCCUAAUGGUCUUGACUCAUUGUCUUAUAAACUGAGGUACCUUCACUGGGAUGGAUUCUGUCUUGAGUCUUUGCCAUCUAGGUUUUGUGCUGAACAGCUUGUAGAACUUUGCAUGCAUUGUAGCAAGCUUAAAAAGCUUUGGGAUGGGGUUCAGAAUCUUGUGAAUUUGAAGACAAUUGACCUUUGGGGAUCCCGAGACCUGGUUGAGAUCCCUGACUUAUCCAAGGCAGAAAAACUUGAAAGUGUUUCUCUUUGUUAUUGUGAAAGCCUAUGCCAGCUCCAAGUUCAUUCAAAAUCUCUUGGUGUACUUAACCUCUAUGGUUGUUCAUCACUUAGGGAAUUCUUAGUGACAUCAGAGGAAUUGACAGAACUGAACUUGGCUUUUACUGCUAUAUGUGCAUUGCCAUCAUCAAUUUGGCAAAAAAGAAAACUCAGAUCUCUUUACCUAAGAGGUUGUCACAAUCUCAACAAGUUAUCAGAUGAACCCAGAUUUUGUGGUUCUUACAAGCACUCCAUCACAACAUUGGCCUCUAAUGUUAAGAGAUUGCCUGUGAACAUUGAAAAUCUUUCGAUGAUGACAAUGAUUUGGUUAGAUGAUUGCAGGAAACUCGUGUCUUUGCCGGAGCUUCCGCUGUUCCUUGAAAAGUUAAGUGCCUGUAACUGCACUUCUUUGGACACAAAGAUCACUCAGCAGCAAGUGUUACAACACAUGUUACAAAGUCGCAUACCCUACUUACGCAAACACUAUCUUAAGUGUUAUGAUGAAGAAUAUUUCUUCCCGGGGGAUCAUGUGAUUGAUGAGUGUAGGUUUCACACGACACAGAAUUCAAUAACCAUUCCUUAUCUUCAGAAACCUGAAUUGUGUGGUUUCAUUUAUUGCAUCAUUCUCUCUAUGGGACCACUCUUAGAGUGUGAUGUUUCCUGCUCUGUCUAUCAAGAUGGCAUAAGGGUUGGCUGGCUCGAAAGGUUGUUGGAAUACGAAAAUUUGAUUUCAGAUCACGUGGUGAUUUUGUAUCAUGACAUCAGUGAAUUUGACAAAAUAAGUGAAGUGCAUGAUCAUUUCUUCAGCAACAUAACAUUUAUAUUUGAAAACAAUGAAGACCGCAUAACAGAGUUUGGUGUCUUCCCGGUAUAUGCCUCAGAAUCAGGGUUGAAGUUGGUUGGUAGCAAGGAAAUUUUUGAAUGAGAAUUCAUUACUCAAAUAUCUGAAAUGAGUCACAGAAAGAAUUGUUGUUUUUUCUUAAAUGAAACUAGUCCUUCAAAUAUAGAAAUUAUCAAUUGAAAAUACUAUUGAAUCUUGAUUCGAGAUAAUUAUGCGUUUUUCUUUUUAUUGCAUUAACAUUUUUCUGUAAUUAUGUUGAACAGGUUUUCUUUUAAAAGAAUAUUAAUUGGUGGGAAAUGAGCAUUAGCUUAUUCAGAGAGCCAAA